AUGCAACAAGACGUUCGCGGAAAGGCUGCUGCUCUGGUCUUCACACCAGCACUUGCCGGAGUUUUCAUCUUCCUUUGCGUCUCUGGCCACGCCUUCUUCUCGCUCUUUGUUCUUUUCCACGUACUUGCUGCAGCCGGACAACUCGGAUUGGAGAUCUACGAAGUCAGCAGAGGAUCAGCAAGUGCUGCUCCAGUUGCUGAUGCCCCAGCUGGUGCUGCUCCAGUUGCUGAUGCCCCAGCUGGUGCUGCUCCAUCUGCUGCUCAACCAGCCGUCGAUCCAGCUCCAGCUCCAGCUCAAUAG